AGACUUAUUGAUCUGCCCAAGUUCGUGUAACUUCCAUUUCUGAGAGACCUUUAAAACAAGAGGACAGAAAAACAACAUUUACGGCUCAUUGCUUCUGUAUUCAGUUAUCACCUACUGCUGUCAGUAAAAAAUUCACCAAAGGACAGAAAAAAUUCAACAUACCAUUGAACUUUUCUCUGAAGCUGCAGGGAAAUACUUACAAACAUUUUCACUAAUCAUUCAAGAUGAAUUUCUUGCGAAGAUUCUCCCAGGGCGGAGAAACAGAACCCCCAAUUAAAGAUGAGAAACCAUCACCACCACCUCACCCGUCAAAUCUGCGAGCCAGUUUCUCCGGUGGCGCCUCUUCACUCUUCAGUUCUGUUGGUGCGAUGAAAAAUGGUCUGUUCAGCGACAUCUCAUCAAAACUGGAUAAUGUCACCCUUAAGCUGAGCAAAAGGGACUCUGCGACUACGUCUCCUAAUCACACAACUUCCUCUUCUGGUUCAAGUCCUCCAACCUCUUCGCCUAACGGAGAGUCAUUAAAUGGAGGAAUGACAGAAAAUGGAAAGCCAACAGAAACCAUUCCCAAUGGACAGAUGUCUCAUGGUCAGGUAGUAUCCGCACAUGUUCAUAAAACAGACCAAGAUAAUGCUUCACUGAAUAAUUAUUUAGAAGAUGGGGUCGAUUUGAAUAAUGGCGUCCCUAAUGCCCUUGAUCCAGGAACCAAAAUUAGACAUUUGAAUAAAAUGAAAGAAGGGCAGACGGCAGGGUCAAAGCAAGAUGGCAACAAAAAAGUCCGCCCACCUAGGCCACCUCGGCCAAAAUUGGAAAAGAAGGAGAGCUUCUCUGGAGAGGAUAUCUUUCUAAAGGAUACCUUUGUCGAUGAGAGAGGACGCCGCAGAGGUAAACGGAGGAAUAGCUUAUUGGUUAGUUCGGAUGAUGAAGAGGAAGUGCUGCUGGCACCCGGGGUGGACGUAACCCCUAGCCCAGGCGAGGCUGUGCGAGAAUUCACAUUUGACCGCGAAGGGGUCAUGGUUGCUCCAGCUGACACUGAAAAUGACCCCAAAGGUGAGGAUUUGAUGGAUUUUAAUGAUGAUGAAGAGGAGGGGUUGCUGCAUAGGAUGAGCAGUGUCAGUUCCUCAGAGGUAGAAUAUGGUGGGGAAGUGUUACAGCGAUCAGAAUCCCAAAUGUCUGGACAGUCUUGGGCGUCUGCUUUCAGUUCAGACAGCCAGUUAGAUGAACACAGCCGCCAGGUCAAGGAAUUUAUGAAGAUAUUCGUCGAUAAGAUUUUCCAAGGAGAGGCAAUAUCUCAAACAGACAAAGCAAGAUUUGGGGAGCUUUGCCAAGAAAAUCCUGGACGUCUGUGGUUUGCUAGGAAUAUGAAUGCUCAGAGAGUGAACACAAAGACUGUAGAUGAGCAGAUCUUUUACCGUCUGAUCCAGUUUUUUGCUAUUUGCCUCUUUGAGUGCAACGAAGCUGAGGAUUUCUCUCCGGCAAAGACGCUAAUGAAUAUGUGUUUUACAUUUUGCCAUGAAGUCCGCCACCCUUCAGGGCCAGUGUACAAACACUUCCUGUACAGCUAUCUCAAAGACCAACCAAUAUGGAGAUCCCUAAGAUUCUGGAAUGCUGCUUUCUUCGAUGCUGUUCAGCAUGAACGCAGUAGGCGGCAUAUACAAAACAG